UCGCUUUCGUAGAUAUAAGGCUCAGUUUGUGCUGAUAUUGGCGACACCUUGUUCUGAAUUGACUUACCGUAUUUGAAGCACCUUUUACUUUUACAUCACGAAAUAUGUCCAGGACAAUCCUCUUCGUCUUGUUGGUAACGUUGGUGGUGUGCGUCAUUGAUGCGUAUCCAAAGCUGCAACUUCACGAAGAUUCUGCUAACGAAGGUGGUCAGGUGAGCCUUCUACGGAAUAAUUUAUUGCGAGAGCAAGGGGAGACGGCAAGCAAUGACGGUAACAAUCGCAUGAAUUUUGAGGAAAGAGAUGACGAGGAUGAGGAGGAGGAAGAAGAGGAUGAAGACGAAGACGAAGAAGAAGAUGAUGACGAUGAUGAUGACGAUGAUGAUGAUGAAUGAUGACGACGAUGAUGAUGACGAUGAUGACGAGGACGAUGACUCCUCAACGGAAUAGUAAAAACAUUUAAAGUGGUGCAGUUCUUGGUACAUGUCAAAAAUAAAUUUGUAAAGCAGU